CUGUUUAACGCCACGUCACAAAAGGUCAAGUCUCCGCUCGCGCUGGAGGGUUUCGGCAUUAGCCUGUUCAAAGCCGGCGCGUGUGGUCUGAUAACGCAUUGUCCUCGAGCCCUGGGGUCUUGGGACGGGGUCGUGUGACGGCGCUGCUGUGUCCGCGAGCCCCGGUGGGUGGAGUCAGAGUGUUUGUGACUUCCCGCUGUGUCCGCGAUCUCCUGAAGCGGCAGCGCUGCCAGAAACUGACAACAUGGAGGGCCAGUACAACCUGAGGAAUCCGGCUGUUAAACGUUUAAUGAAAGAAGCACAAGAGCUGAAAGACCCAACAGAACAAUACCAUGCACAGCCUUUAGAGGAUAAUCUCUUUGAGUGGCAUUUUACCGUCCGGGGUCCUCCAGACUCUGACUUUGAUGGUGGUGUUUACCAUGGCCGAAUUGUGCUUCCCCCAGAAUAUCCCAUGAAACCACCCAGCAUUAUUCUCUUGACACCUAAUGGAAGGUUUGAAGUAGGAAAGAAGAUAUGUUUAAGCAUCUCAGGACAUCAUCCUGAAACUUGGCAACCAUCCUGGAGCAUCCGGACAGCGCUGCUGGCAAUUAUUGGGUUCAUGCCAACAAAGGGAGAAGGAGCUAUUGGUUCUCUGGAUUACACUCCUGAUGAAAGAAAAGCACUAGCCAAAAAGUCACAAGAUUAUAACUGUGAAAACUGUGGUUCCCACAUGAGGACAGCCCUCCUUCCGUGCACGGAAAGUGGCAUUCCAAGUAUGGCUGAUGUGGAGGCAAAAGAAUUGGCAAAACAAAUCAGUUUUAAGGCAGAGACAGGUUCUGCUGCCAGCACUGCUGCUGAACCUUCUCCAGCACCAACACCUAUAAAAAUCGUAAACCAAGACACUCAAGAUUCUGAUCACCUUCUACUCACUGAAAACAAUCCAGAAAUUGAAGCUAUGAGAGAGACUGGUGUAGAUGACUCUUCUAUUGGGCCUCAGGAACCGCCACAAAGCAGACCAAAUACUACAAGUUUAAGUCCUCGGCAGCGACGUACUCAACAGCAGCGACGUGCUCAGCAGCAAGCAAGGCGCCCAAUUUCACAAUCAUACACUCAAGUCCGUCGACCAGCAAAUGCCAGUCAAAUUGGAUCCACUGUCCUAAUUGUCAUCCUGACAUUGGCACUGGCUGCGCUAAUCUUCCGAAGGAUUUACAUGUCAAAUGAAUACAGAUUUGACUAUGAAUUGUAAUGAUCAUUUACUUUGCAUAGCCAUAAACUGGAUUUAUUAUGUCAUAUGUAUUUUAACAUCAAUCCCCAUUUUACUGGCCAGGAUUUGCAGAGGCUUUGAAUGACCCAUGCACAAGGGGAAAUUUAAAGUAAUACAUGAUGCAAAACUUGAGUGUAAUUAUGAUCCUUGGGGUAAUAAUCAGUGGCAUUUUACAAACUUUGACACUGCAGGGAACCCGUUCAGGAAUGUUUUUGAUCAAACUCUUGUUAAAUUCAAUUUAUCUUCCGUAGAAGUCAGUUGUUUUUUAGUUGAGGCCAUGCUGUUCAACAAUGUCAGUAAUUCUGAGGGUGCUGAUAAUCUGUUUACUGGAAAAUUUCUGUGGACCAUUGCAAAGUUCAUUUGGCUCAUAACCUGAGUGCUAGUGGUGUUGUAUGCAAUUUUAUCCUCUGAAAUGAGCCCUGUUUUUACAUACAAACGAUUGCCUUAACCCUGUCAGAAAGUGCAACAUCUCUAGAUAUUUCAUCAGAAUUUGAAUACAUAGUCAGGAUCUUUAACUGUCUGCAGCAGAUCUAAAAUCCAAAAGAUUAAUUUUCAAUAUUGCUAUGUGGUGUUGUUGUAGGCUGAGAUAUCUUACUAGUUUCAUGGUACAAGAUUUCCUGUUACUGGAACAUGCACCCAAAAUUAAAUUUUAAAUGUGCAAAUCAUCUUGGAAUGUGAAGAUCCAAGAGAAUUGAUAAAAUCCACAACCAAUAAAUAUUUAUUUGUAGUUUCUGCAUGAAGUCAAAGGAACCAUAUUUGUAACAAGAGUUAACAACAAAGGUGGUUGUUAUUGGCUUUGGAUUGAGUAAUUAAAGUUCCUUGAAGAAUUUUUCUUCCAAGUUGGACAAAUUAAUUAAAUAUGGGAUCUUCCGGCAAGUAAAAAGAAAGACCCUGUUUCUCCAGUACUCCUGCUUGUUAAUUUUCCUUAACUGAGCUCUGAACACUGUCACAUAAGAGUUGAUGGUAAUGUAUGUAUAAAAUUGAACUUUCCAUUGAAAUUUGUACAAUGAUGUUUUUAAUUUUCAUGUGCAGGAUAUUACUUGUUUUAUUUUUAAACAAUCAGAUCUUCGUGAAUGAGUAAAUAUUGUCUGCUUAGUUAAGUAGGCAGGAAUCUUUUUGAUUGCCCAAUGAUUUAUGUCAAUGUAAAAUUCAGUUUCAAAUAUAAACCAUGAGAACAAACUCUCAUACAUGAAUGUUUGUUUAAUAUUCUAUCUUUUUGUGCUCUCACAUUGAUUUUUGUGGACCCAGAGUACUUGGCACAAGCAGAGCUAUUGCACUUUACAGUUAAGGGAACAAUGCAAACAUUCUGCGGUUACUCUCGUCACUUUCUCAGACAUUGAUAUUAAGUGUGAAUAAUUGAUGAAAAGCCUGAAAUUUAUAUGACAAAAAUAACCUUACUUUUGGUUUCUAAAGAAAGGUUGCCAUUUCAGUCUGGCAUCUUGAAUAUGUACCAAGUAUAUUUGUUCAAAAGUUCCUUUCGCAUGGUAUUAGAAACACAUUGCUACAGUGCACCAAUGGAAAAUCUCUAAAAUAGAAUACUUCCUUAAUAUCACGUAUAUUUAAUAAACUCAUUUGCCAAUGCAAGAUACAACAGUAAAAUAAGUGGUGUUUAAUAUAAAUCCAGUUUGCCAUGUUUAAACUUGCUUGCUUUCGGUUUUCUGUCAUUGCACAAAAACUGCAUUUUUUUUUCAUUGUGUUUUAUCAAAAAUGCCCUGGGUAAAUGAAUUGCAGUUGCAAGUAACAAAAUAGUUAGCAAACAUCUUAUCUCUUAGGUUUAAAAUGGAAAACAGUUAACUAUCUACUUGACUUACAUAAUAUUCUUGUUUGUAAUGAGUACUUUCAUGAACACUUUUUUAAAAAACAAUUAUUGCAGAGCAAUAAGGAAAGAGCAGGUAUGUAGAUAAAUAACUUUUGAAAAGGUGGCCACAGAGCGCACAAAUGACCAACUUCUAUGCGGUAUGAUCUUGUGUACAGUAGUUCAUGUUAGAUUUUUUCAGAAGCAAAGCCUUCAGUUUUAUUCUGUUUGAGAUCCAUUCCAUUUACACAAUCAAGAUAAAAUAUUAAAUAUAUACAUGCUGCAGGUGAAGUUAGAACAAUGAAGUUAGCAUGUUAGUUUCCAUUAAAAUUGUUGACCACUUCUCAGCACUGGUAUUCAUUCAUCAAUAUAUGUUCAGCAAUUACAUGCUUGUGUUUAUAUUUAAUCAUUAGAGGCCUCUUUGCCUUACAUGUCACUUGCAAAAACUGCAUGUUAAAAUCCUAGGUUUAUUGUAAUAAAAUAAAUGUAUGGUGUUUUAAUUGAUUUUAAUAAAUAACAUUUGUAGUGGAAGCAAUAGAUUUAAAAGAUGCAAUCUGUAUACUGCAACUCUCUGAAAUAGCACUCAGUCCUCUUUAGGAUUGUGAAAACAGUACCUUGAUAUUUUCCAUCAGUGAAACUGAUACUCCUUGUACUUUCAAGGUGUUCUGUUAUCUGUAUUCUAAAGUUGAUUCUUGAUUGACCUCUCUGUUGAGGUCAUUAAGCGCAGGAGAGCAUCACGAGAGCAUUACUAGAGCAGAUCCUAAAGAAGAAAUUUUAAAAACCUUGUAAUCUGCUUAGAUUUGAGUCAUUAAUAAAAAAAUCUUGUGGCAACCUA